AUGCCAACCAAGCAGUUAAAGGUUAUGAGUCAACAUAACGGUGGAAUAUCCGUUAGGAAGAAGCGAUUGUUGGCUAUAACCGUAUCUAGAGGCUUUGAAGAUUGUGGGGCUCAAGGUAUAUCCAAUAUGGCUAGAGCACAGACUACACAAGCGCGAAUCCUAUGGGCUAUAUUAACCAUAGCAGCGAUUUCCCUUUGCACUGUUAUGGCAGUGGAUCUUGUUCAGAAAUACUAUCGUUUUGAAUAUGAUGUUACUUUGAAAAUUUCUUUCAAGCCUCAACUAGAUUUCCCAGUUAUUACUAUUUGUAAUCUCAAUCCUAUGUUAAGAAGUGAGAUGAUCAAACGUCCAAUAUUUAGACCACUGUAUGGAAGAGAUUUUGAAUCAGUUAACACUUCACAAACAUCGCCUCUAGUUAAUAAUUCAUCGCUAAGCAACAACACUGUGGGACAGUCUGAUAGUAACUCAUCAACCCCCUUACCUACCAAUAAGGUACCGCAAGAUGCUACCGCGGCUGCGGCUGCUAGUACGGUUGCAGCAAACUCGCAAGGAGGUACUGCAGCUGGAUCAACAAAGGAAUCAGAGAAAACAGCUACACCAACAGGAACUAAAACGUCACUACCGAGAGUUAAGAAAUCACUGAGCAGUGAUGUGAAUGAAAAUAUUGAUCGUCCAACUCCACCACCUGGUGUUCAGUUUGAAAAUUUGGAUAAAAGUCAUGAAAACUAUCAUCUUUUCUCUGAAAUUAGCGCAGAGUUAUUUAAUAGGUUGACAGAUCAAAGAAUGUAUGAACUUGGAACGCAAGCCUCUAAUUUUAUUGCAAAGUGUACCUUUAAACAGAAACCAUGUGCCGCGAACUUUAACACAGGCAAUUCACGGGGGAAAAGAAUUGAGUCAGUUAAUUACCCUGGACCUUUAUUUGGGUUACAGCUAUAUCUAGAUAUUAAUAAAGCCGAAUAUAUUAGUCGAGAAGUGCCAACUGCAGGAGUAAGGAUCGCAGUUACUCCUCAAGGAGUACGUCCAAACCCUGAAGACGAAGGCUUUGAUGUUCCUCCAGGCGCAUUAACUUCCAUUGGACUCAAAAUGAGAAAUAUCUCCCGAUUAUCAACACCCUAUAAUAAAGAAGGCUGUCUAAAACAUCCCCCAAAUAAUAAGACUUUGAACAUAUAUGAAAAUGGUUCUGACCGUUACAGCUAUAAGGGAUGUAUCAAGAGCUGUAUUGCAAGUCUGCAGAAUAAAACGUGCGGCUGCAUAGCUGCAAGAUAUAGCUUCACCUCUUCAACCAAAGGGCUGAAAGUUUGUAGCUUAAAAAAUGAAACGGAAAUCAACUGUCAGUCUAGAUUGCAAAAUAGGUUCAUCGCUGGAAAAAUAAAUUGUGGAUGUGUGCGAGCAUGCAACGAACAAUCAUUCGAGGCUACCACAUCGCAAGCGCAGUUCCCAUCGGAGGUUAACUUGGAUAACAACAACGACUUACUGGAGUAUUUUAAAAGAGAUCUUACUAAGUUUCAACUUACAAGAAAGACUGUGACACCAUUUCUCAGAAAAAAUUUGGUAGCGGUAAAUAUAUAUUAUGAAGAACUCAAUUUUGAAACCAUCGAGCAAACACCACGCUACUCAGAAAUUGACCUAGCUAGCGACAUCGGUGGUGUCUUAGGCUUAUGGAUUGGUAUAUCGGUAUUAACAGUGUUCGAAUUUAUGGAAAUAUUAGUUGAUUCAUUGCUCAUAAUAUUUGGUAAAGAAAAGAUUGCUAGCAGAAGAAAUACCAUUACUGAAUUUAAAGCCCAGUUGCAAGCUUCUGGACUUGCAUAA